ACAGCAGCAGAUCUCUCUCGUUCGGACCAGCGGCGCUGACUCUUCUCUCCGGUCGGUCGCUUCGCUCCCUCACGAACCGGCAACGAUGGUGUCCCCGCCGCACGCCUCUCGUCUCCUCCACGCCGUCCUCGUCGCGACGCUUCUAGGGUUCCUGGCGCCGGCGUCUCACUCGCUCCGGUUCGAGCUGCACUCGGGCCACACCAAGUGCAUCGCCGAGGACAUCCGAGCCAAUUCCAUGACCGUCGGCAAGUUCGCCGUCGUCAAUCCUCACGAAGGCCAUCCCUUGCCCGAAUCUCACAGGCUCUCCGCCCGGGUGACUUCUCCGCACGGGACCAGCUAUCACCAAUCGGAGAAUGUGGAGUCGGGGCAGUUCGCGUUCACGGUCGCCGAAGCUGGGGAUUACACGGCUUGCUUGUGGGCUCCCGAGCACAAGCCCGAAGCGACUUUGACGGUUGAUUUCGACUGGAGGACCGGUGUGGCUGCCAGUGAUUGGUCCAACGUUGCCAAGAAAGGCCAAGUCGAUGUCAUGGAAUUGGAACUGAAGAAGCUGUACGAGACUAUCGACUCCAUUCAUACCGAGAUGUUUUAUCUUCGCGAGAGAGAAGAGGAAAUGGAGGAGCUCAACCAAGCUACUAACGCUAAAAUGGCCUGGCUCAGUGGCCUUUCGCUUUUUGUUUGCCUGUCUGUGGCUGGCUUGCAACUAUGGCACUUGAAGACCUUUUUCGAGAAAAAGAAAAUCAUUUGAAUCUUGUUAUAAUCGCUUAGAAAUGUUGUAUGUACUUUUGCAUAACACUUCGACGGUGAUACAACUUUUUCUGGGAUGCCUACUUUGUCGACAGUUCCUUGAGAUCCUAAGUAGGAAUUAUGCCAAAGAAGAAAGAAAAAAAAUAAUUUUCCGAAA